AUGGUUGUUGAAAGAACAGAGGGAGGAGCAGCAAUUGGUAUUGAUUUGGGAACAACAUAUUCAUGUGUUGCUGUAUUGAAGAAUGAUGGUACUGUUGAGAUUAUUGAAAAUGAUCAAGGAAAUCGAAUUACUCCUUCUUAUGUUGCCUUUACUGAUAUUCAACGAUUGAUCGGUGAUGGUGCUAAGAAUCAAGCUGCUGUUAAUCCUACCAACACCGUCUUCGAUGCAAAACGUCUAAUUGGUAGGAAAUUCAGCGACAGUGUUGUUCAGAGUGAUAUGACCCUAUGGCCUUUCAAAGUCAUUGCUGGUGAAGAUGAGAAACCUAUGAUUCAAGUCAGUUACUAG